AUGAUGGGUGUCUUAAUCGACUUGAACACUGUUAAUGAAGAUGAAGAGGAUAACAACAACAGCAACAACAAUAGUAGCAGCAACAAUUACCAAAAUACCCUCCAAAAUCUUUGUGCUUCAUCUUCAUCAUCUGUUUGUAUGGAGCUAUGGCAUGCUUGUGCGGGCCCACUCAUCUCUUUGCCCAAAAAGGGUAGUUUGGUAGUUUACUUGCCUCAAGGUCAUCUUGAAGAACAAAAUCAGCAAAAUAAUUUGCCAGAAUUUGAUUUUUCAAGUGGGAUUAUUAAUACUAAUAGUAAUAUUAGUAGUAAUAAUAAUUAUAAUCAUACUUUUGAUUCCCACCAAAACAAUAUUCCUCCUCACGUGUUCUGUCGUGUUCUUGAUGUCAAGCUUCAUGCGGAAGUUGCAACAGAUGAGGUUUAUGCUCAAGUUUCUCUAAUCCCAGAGAGCAGCCAGUUUGAGGAGAAAUUGAAAGAGAGUGAGACUGAUGUAGAGGGGGAUGAAGAGGAUUUUGAGGACAUUGUCAAGUCCACAACACCUCAUAUGUUCUGCAAGACUCUUACUGCUUCGGAUACCAGCACUCAUGGUGGAUUCUCUGUCCCUCGCCGUGCUGCGGAGGAUUGCUUUCCUCCCCUGGAUUACAAGCAGCAGAGGCCAUCUCAGGAGCUGGUUGCAAAGGAUUUGCAUGGAUUAGAGUGGAGGUUUAGGCACAUUUACAGAGGCCAGCCGAGGAGGCAUUUGCUUACUACUGGGUGGAGUGCUUUUGUGAACAAGAAGAAGCUAGUCUCUGGAGAUGCAGUGCUCUUCCUCAGAGGCGCCGAUGGAGAGCUGAGGUUAGGAAUCCGAAGAGCAGUUCAGCUGAAAGGACCAACCUCCUUUUCUGCUCUCCCCACUAGACUAAUGAGCAACAACAGUGUGUCAGCUGCAUUCGAUGCAAUAUCUUCUGGACGUGUUUUCAAUGUCUGUUAUAACCCAAGGGCAAGCUCGUCUGAGUUUGUUGUACCACUCCGGAGGUUCUUGAAGAGUUUGGAUACUUCUUUCAAUGUAGGAAUGAGGUUCAAAAUGCGCUUUGAGGCAGAAGAUGCUGGUGAAAGAAGGUACACCGGAGUGGUCACUGGAAUGGCUGAGUUGGAUCCGAUGAGAUGGUCUGGUUCGAAAUGGAGAUGCUUAAUGGUAAGGUGGGAUGAUGUAGAGGUGAACCGCCAUGGCAGAGUUUCUCCUUGGGAGAUUGAGCCAACCGGUUCUUUUCCGAGUCCCAGUAGCUUAAUGGCAUCUGGUCUAAAGAGGAGCAGAAUCGGUUUGCCAUUAGCAAAACCAGAAUUUCCAAUUCCAAGUGGAGUUGGAAUGCCAGACUUCGGAGAAUCAAUGGGAUUCCGGAAGGUCUUGCAAGGUCAAGAAAAAUUGGGUUCUCGUUCUGCCUGUGAUGGUAAUGACAACCCUCAUCUUUCCUCAUCUGAUCCAGGAAGAUGCUAUCCUAGCUCCAUUCCUCCAGGUGAUUUUGGCAGAACUGCCAAAGGCAUAGGCUUCAGGGAAUCAUUCCGAUUCCAAAAGGUCUUGCAAGGUCAAGAAAUACGCCAUCUUAGUCCCGCUCAAGUAGAUGGUUUAACAUCUUCAGCCAACCGGGGGCAUGAGGGUGGUGGUCCCCUUGAAAUUUACGAGGGUGUGCAAGUGCCUAACUGUGGAAACGGAUGGCUUAAAGCACAAGUAUCUUCACCAUCCUCGGUAUUAAUGUUCCCACAUCCAAGCAUUCAACAAGCUAGGAGCUUCAGAUCGCCUAUGUGUCAACCCAGGGUGAUGAGUAUGGAACAUAUGAAUUAUGCCGGUGUUCCUGCAUACAAUUCUCUCUCGAAAGCAAGUGAGGAGUUGGUUCCUGCCGGUAAAGCCAGUUGCAGGUUGUUUGGUUUUUCUCUCACUGAGGGCGAACACAGGGUGGAUAAAGAGAGAAGCCAUAAUAGCUCGUUUCCACCUCCUGAGACUUCGUUUUGGCCUCUCGUUGAAGGGCAGCCAUGCUACAAGUCUCCUUCUGUGACCAAAGUUGGGAGCAAUUGUCCCGGAGCAAACGAUCUAUAUGCUGUAAGAGAUAUGCUUCUUGAUAUUGCUCUUUAAACAGAAAGGACCUGCCUUUUACAAGAUCUAGAUCACUUUGCGGCUUUGAACCAAACAAUGGUUUGAUGGCCUAGUGACAGUUUAGUAGGAAGAACUUCAGAAUGCUUUGUCUACAAUAUCAGUAAUUAAGUCACUGAUGAAAAAAAAAAGAAGUAUCUCAAGAUAUUUGCUCAAGUUGUUUUGUAUUCAAAAGAAUGAUUUGUAAUUGUCUAACUUGCUUUUUAGUUUAGACCAAACCUUAUGAUGCAUGUAUGAAUUUUUUCCCUUCAAGAUUUGAUUGUAAUUUUAAUCACACGAUUUCUUUCCGGAUAAUUAUGCUAUGUACAAGUAUUUAUUUGCUAAAGAUUAUUGUGCAACAGCA